UAAGAUUGUGUAAUAAAGUGUAUUAUGUUUAAGCGAACGCUACCGUUCAAUUAAGUAAUAGAAAUUGUAUGAGUGGUGUAUAGUAUAUAAAUCGUACUUUUACAAUGGCUUACCGUUUGUUAACGACGGCCAAGAAGCUCGAAUCCGUGCUGAUCGGAUUGAAUAGACCACACCGUACGGUCAGUGGAACCGACUGUGAACAGAUUAUCCGGAGCUUAAGUUACCUUGAGUCGAGAAGCAAUAAAACGUGGAACGAAUUCAUCCACCGCAUACAACUGUUCUGCGAGAAACCACCGAAAGGGUUCGAAAAGUACUACAAACCUCCCGGUGCGAGUUCCUCCAAGCAGGCAAGCAACGCCGAACAAAGCGCCGCCAGCGAUGGGAAAGCACCGGAGCAAGCACCACCGUCCAGUCAACAACCCAGUCAACCUCCACCCGGGGCGACGUCUCAGAAGAACGAUUGGAAUUUGGGCAUGUUUUCGCCACAGCCGGCUCGGGGCAAGGGCGGCUCGAGUGGGAGCGGCGGUUCCGGUCGCCCGAUCGGCGGUGGAGAAGAUGGGGAUAAGGAAAAAAUGCUGAUAUUCGGGGCUCUGGCCGGUGUGGCAUUUAUAUCGGCCAUCGCUUUCUUUGAGAUGGGCUACAAGGAAAUUGCCUGGAAAGAGUUCGUUAAUAACUACCUCGCACGUGGCAUCGUCGAUAAGCUGGAAGUAGUCAACAAGAAAUGGGUGCGAGUAAAGCUUACUCCCGGCAAUGCAUCAGAUUCUUCGGGUGUCCUAUGGUUCAACAUCGGAAGCGUGGAUUCUUUCGAAAGAAACCUGGAAAACGCACAGACCGACAUGAACAUUGAGCCUGUAAACUUUGUGCCCGUCAUCUAUCGGAGUGAACUGGAGGCAUCCAGCCUUACGGGUCUCUUACCAACGCUGCUGAUAAUCGGUUUCCUGGUGUACAUGAUGCGACGAUCGUCGGAGAUGAUGGGCGGUCGAGGAGGACGACGAGGAGGUGGCCUUUUCGGUGGAGUAAUGCAGUCGACCGCGAAGCUAAUUAAUGCUAAUGAAAUCAACGUCGGAUUCAAGGACGUUGCUGGAUGUGAAGAGGCAAAGAUCGAAAUUAUGGAGUUUGUGAAUUUCCUUAAGAACCCCCAACAGUACAUCGAUCUUGGUGCGAAAAUUCCCAAAGGUGCCAUGCUCACUGGCCCACCCGGUACCGGAAAGACGCUUCUCGCCAAGGCGACCGCCGGUGAAGCGAACGUACCGUUCAUCACCGUGUCAGGAUCGGAGUUUUUGGAAAUGUUUGUCGGUGUGGGUCCGUCGCGUGUGCGUGAUAUGUUUGCAAUGGCGCGCAAAAACGCACCCUGCAUCCUGUUCAUCGAUGAAAUCGACGCCGUCGGCCGAAAGCGUGGCGGGAAAAGCUUCGGUGGACACUCCGAGCAGGAAAACACGCUCAACCAACUGCUCGUCGAGAUGGACGGAUUCAACACGACGACAAAUGUGGUCGUGCUGGCAGCAACGAAUCGAGUGGACAUCCUAGACAAGGCACUCCUUCGCCCCGGUCGCUUCGAUCGGCAGAUCUAUGUACCCGCGCCCGAUAUUAAGGGUCGGGCAAGUAUUUUCAAAGUGCAUUUGGGCCCGCUGAAGACAGGUCUGGACAAGAUGGAUCUGGCCCGCAAGAUGGCUGCGCUGACGCCGGGUUUUACCGGUGCGGAUAUAGCCAACGUUUGCAACGAAGCGGCCCUGAUCGCAGCACGUGAUCUGAACGAAACGAUCAUCAUGAAACACUUCGAGCAGGCAAUCGAGCGUGUCAUCGCGGGUAUGGAGAAGAAAACAAACGUCCUGUCUCCGGAAGAGAAGCGUACCGUGGCGUAUCACGAGGCUGGGCAUGCCGUUUGCGGCUGGUUCCUCGAACACUCGGACCCCCUGCUGAAGGUUUCGAUUAUUCCCCGUGGCAAAGGGCUCGGUUACGCCCAGUACUUGCCGAAGGAUCAGUAUCUGCUGACUACGGAGCAGUUGUACGAUCGCAUGUGCAUGACGCUUGGUGGGCGCGUCUCGGAAGAGAUCUUUUUCGAGCGCAUUACGACGGGCGCUCAGGAUGACCUGAAGAAAAUCACCGACAGUGCGUACGCGCAAAUUACACGCUUCGGUAUGAACAAGAAGGUCGGUAACGUUAGCUUCGAUAGCUCGCAGCCGGGCGAUCCGAUGUUCACGAAGCCGUACUCGGAGCAGACGGCUCAGCUGAUCGACGAAGAAGUGCGGGCACUUAUUGACCGGGCGUACGUGCGGACAACGGAGUUGCUCAAGAAGCACAGGGCCGACGUUGAGAAGGUCGCCGAGCGUCUGCUGAAGAACGAAGUGCUCAGCCGGGACGACAUGAUCGAGCUGCUUGGUAAGCGGCCGUUCCCCGAAAAGUCCACUUACGAGGAGUUCGUGGAGGGCACGGGCUCAUUCGAGGAGGACACUACUCUACCGGAAGGCCUGACCAGUUGGAACAAGGAGAAGGUGGGUGAAAGCAAGGAGGACAGUGCAAAGCAAGACGACGACAGCAAAGCGAAAGUAUAAAUUGUUUGCUAAAUCCGUAUGCGUAUUUCUCAUCAACUCCAGAGUAGCCGGAUCACGAAAUUUACAGUGGAAUAAUGUCAAAGUGGAAAAUUUAAUAAAAUGUACGAAUAAUGAGGUAUCUGUUGCGAGAUUGUAGCUGAAAACGUUUAUAUUGUUAGUCUAUUUUGUUGCUUUUGAAGUAAUAGUGUCAUUAGAUUAAGAAUGACUCACGCAAAAAGAAAGUCGGUAACACGAACCGAAAGGCAGAUGGAAAUGAAUAAAACUUAUGA